AUGGCAAGAGAAGUUAAAGACAUCAAGGAGUUUCUCGAGUUAGCCCGUAGAGGAGAUGUGAAAUCCGCCAUCAUCAAGGUCAACAACAAGAUUAACACCAACGGUAAAAAGUUCAAACAAACCAAAUUCAAGGUUAGAGGAUCAAGAUACGCCUACACUUUGGUCAUCAAUGAUGCUACUAAAGCUAAGAAAUUGCAACAAUCUUUGCCACCUACCUUGACUGUCAAGAACUUAUAA